AGGCUGGAUCAACGUGGAUGAGCCAAUUCCACACAAUAACCAUUGUUGCGUUACUGUGGAAACUGUAUGACAACAAGAGGCCAUUUUGCAGACAUUAGGCUCAUUGUGCCAGGGAGUGGUGAAGUUCCCGUUUUGACACGGAUUCCAAAGUAAGGAACUGCUGGCUGGAAAUGAAAAACCCGCGUAAAAUGUUGGAGUUAGUUUUGGCUCUUGGGUUUGUUAGUACCCUCUCUUUGCUGCCCGUGCGAGGGAAGAUGUGUAGCGCCAUGAUCAAGGCUGCACCCGGUGAUGAUCUGACCGCGCUUCGUGACAAGGCUUUCGUGGCUUUCAGAACCGAGUGCCGUGGUAAACAAGGAAAUCUCGACGACACCAAAUCUUGCUCGUUCACUACGGAGCCGUCCAUGCCUCCAAUUGCCACGUUCAUCUUGCAGCCGAUGAGGGCGCCUUUCCGGUUGGACUUGGAAGUAAAAACCCCAAGCAGUGCCAAUGUAGUCUUGGCGGAGGAAAAGACAGAAGUAUCCGUCUUUGCCUGGAUAACCUUGGGUGGCUGGAGCGGAAAGAAGUCGGUCAUCCGAGCCUGUUUCGAUUGUCAAGACUUGUUGGGUGGGCGUUCAGUGGACAACGAGGAAGGUAUCGUAAGUGGCAUUGAGAGUCACCCCUUCUGGAUCGAGUACAAGCACGGCGUGGUGACCGUCGGCAAAGGAGGACAGGAGGAAGCUUUCUUGGAGUGGGACGCCGCUGCGUAUCAUCAGCGCAACAUAUCAAUUACCCCGGUGUACGUUGGUAUAAGUUCGUGGACAGGGGAAUCCGCGCACUGGGUUUUCCACCAUUUCUGUGCCUAAGAAAGGCAAAAGCAAUGGGCCUAAUUUUUGGGCUUAGGAGGUACGAAAAGAUGCAAUACGUAUAUUGAGGCAUUUUACCAAAUAUAUUUUAUUCUAAGAAUUAUAGAUUCAAAAAAAUCCUUCUGAAGUUUGGCAACCCAUAAAGUCACGUCAAUAAACUGAAGUUCAGUCUGUUGUUGGCAUGCACUAAAAAAUAGAGCACCCUUAUUCGUUUAACAUAAAUGGCAAAUUUGACGAUCCAUUUUUGAAAACGUCACAGUUGUUUUUACACAUGUGCUUAUGGGAGCCAAGUGGGGACGAGGUUGACACCCUACCUGACUUUCGUGAACCUUAUUUGAUAGUGAUCAAGCGAAAGUGAUGAAAUUAGACGUGGGGUAUGUCUUUCUGUUGAAAGUGUUCGCUUAUGUUUUUCAUUCACGCUUAUGGGUGCAGACUCUUAAAAGGCCCGAAAUUGAGCGUACACGUACACCGGCCAUAUCACGCCCACACAUUCCCCAGCAUUGGAGCAUUUUAGGGGCAUGAACUUGACAGUUUGUAAAAAAGAAGGGUUGAAGCCGUGAAGAGGACUGCGAGCUCAUGCGAAAUUCGCAUGAAAUUAGGCCCUAAAAUUGUUCUAUUUUGCAAUGAGCGUAGGAGUCCUUGGGGGGAUUGCGAUGGGGUUUAUGACUACUUUUAAGGGUGAUCCUCUUUGGAUGAAAUUUUCUUCCAAAGGUUAUCAGUUAACCCCCAAAAAUUGACAGAACAUGAAAGAUGAUGAAAUAUCGUGUCUU